CCGUAUUUUUACGCUAUGUACAAAGUAGAAACGCCCCUCCAAUGGUGAAUUAAGUCUUAUCUUCGGACAGGACAGUUGAGGCUUCCGCUGCUCUGCUCAUUUAGGGACCUCGGUCUCGACGAGAAGAGAGGUUGCUGGGAAUUGUAGUCUUAUAAGAUUUGACUUUUGUGCCUGCUGCUUGUUUAAGUACUUAUGUAAAUAUCCCCCGCAAGAACAUAGCUUGCAACUUGUGAGGAUGAGUUUGGAAGUUGAAAAAAAGUUUGUGUUCAAUGCAGACACUGAAGAAAAUCUCAGAAAAUUAGGAGCUGCUUUUCUUGGGGAGCAAUUGUUCAAGGACCAUUAUUUUGACACAGAAGACUUCUCUCUCACCCUCAAGGAUGUAUGGCUUCGCCGUAGGGGGGAUAACUGGGAAUUAAAGUGUCCAGUGGGAAGGGACAAGCAAAACAAAAUGGACACAUGCACUCGCUAUAGAGAACUGACAGAGCUUCCGCUAAUUCAGGCUCAUAUUCGGCAGGUGCUUGAGCCAAAUGGUAUUAAAAAGGAAGGCACUGGUCACACGCAUGCUGUGGACAGGACGUUGGAGAAGAACAAUUGUGGUCUGACUAAGGGACAGGCAGAAGAAGGAACUGGCGGCUCUUGGCUUAGCGAGUUUGGCCUUGUGGAAUUUGCAGUCUUCUCUACUGUACGUCGCACUUUCACUCAACCUGACACCGACAGCAUCCAUGUAGACUUGGAUUAUGCAGACUUCGGGUUCCUAGUAGGUGAACUCGAAGUGCUGGUGAAAACAGAGGAGCAGAUUCCAGAGGCAUUGACCAAAAUUAAGGAACUGGCUGAGAAACUGGGUGUGAGCAACUCUCAGAGGGUUCCUGGGAAAAUGGACGCUUACCUGCAGCGGUUCUGUCCAGACCAUUACCAGAGGCUUCUUGACGCACAUGUUCUCCACAGAUAAAGAAAUGACAGUCUGCUGUUCACCAUCCCAUACCCUUCAUAACCCUGUGAUGAUUUUUUUUUUCUUAUAAAGACUAAAUUCUUAAGAAGUGGAAAAUUUGACAGAUUAUUAUUUUGAAAGAAUGCAUGUAAACAGCCAAUAAAAUCAUCCAUAACAAGA